UGUGUUGACUUGCUAACUUCCUGGUGAAGAACUUGACUGAAGGUGGGCGAACUUGACGUCUUCACCAUGGGCAAACGCAGGAGCAGGAGCCAGAGCCAGCUGCUCAGUUCCCUGACUAAAAAGCAGAAGAAGCAUCUCCGGGAUUUUGGCGAGGAGCAUCCCUUCUAUGACAGGGUUUCCAGAAAGGAAGCAAAACCACAGAUUUGUCAACUGUCCGAGAGUUCAGAUACUUCAAAUUCUGAAAGUGAAUCAGACAGUGAACCAGAACAAGUUUCUGGAUACCACAGACUACUUGCUACAUUGAAGAAUGCUUCUGAAGAAGAUGAUGAAGAGGAGGAAGAGGAGGAGGAAAAAGAUGAAGAAGAGAGUAUUGUAGAUGAUACAGAAAUGAAUGAAGAUGGUAGUGGUGAUGUGAGUGUAGAAGAAGAAGCAGGAGCUGAGGCUGUUGAGAUACAGGAUACUGUGGCCUUAUCUUCUGACCAUGAGGGAAAAGAUGGGGAAGAGCCACCUGGUACAUCAAACAGAUCCCCAGAGGAAUUCACAGAUGCAAAACACGAAUCGCUGUUCAGCCUGGAGACCAAUUUUCUUGAAGAGCAAAGUGUAGACAACUGUUCUCUGAAAGCAUUACAAGGUUAGAGCACAGCGUGUAUGGUGUGAAUUCACCAGGUGCUUAGUGUAUUUAUGCACUAAUGUGUGUGUAGUCUUCUAUUACUG